AUGGAAGACGGAGAUUGGACGGCACACGUGACGGCCGGUCUCGUCGACGGUCGAUCUGGAUUCGUACCAGGGACCUAUGAGAAUAGCGCUCCCAGUGGCCGCCGCCGAUCGAUAGCCGCCGAAACGACGAGUCCGCCGGCGACGCGACCGCCGGCCGGCUGCGGCCCUGGUACCGGCGGCUGUUCGCAGCGACCGAGAGUACUUGGAGACUGCGUGGCCGGCGUAUGUUGGAAAAGCGGUCCAAAAGAACGCUGGAUAUGUUGCGUCUAA